AUUGUGUUUUCAGCCAACGGUAUCAGACCAUACGAGAAGGAGGUUCAUCAUGCCUGUCACCUGUGCAGUAAACGGCUGCACCAACAAGUUUAUCAAAGGGUCAGAAAUAAGAUUUUACAGGUUCCCCAUCAGUAAACCUCAGCUUGCCAACCAAUGGGUACAAAGUUUGGGGAUGAAAAACUUCAUCCCUACACCUAACACUUGCCUCUGCUCAGAGCAUUUUAACCCAGAUUGUUUCCGAGACUACAAUGGCAAACAAUUUCUUAGGGAAGAUGCAGUGCCCACAAUUUUCGGGGCUGAUUCAUCGAAGCCUGAAUUACGAAAAAGGGGGAUGAUGACCAAGGACACAAAUGUGGCUAAUCGCUUCGGGGUACCAUCAGACCGGGAGAGGGCGAAGGCGCUGGAGAAGAGCAAGGCCAAAGAGAAACGACAGAGUACCCGGGACACUGGCAAGGGAAGAGGUGAUGGCAGAAGACGAGGAGGAGGAGGAGGACGAGGAGGAGUCUCCUCAAACACUGACCGACAGACUAUAGGGGCGAAGAGUAAAGUGUAUGACAACAAAGGCUGCCUGCUCUCCUGCGGCAAGGACAUGUGUGACUGCCUGGACGCGGACUGCAUGGGCUGCUUCUACCCCUGCCCCGAGUGCAGCUCCCGCAGGUGUGGCGUGGAGUGCCGCUGUGACCGCAAGUGGCUCUACGAGCAGGUUGAGGUGGAGGGGGGAGAGAUCAUCCGCAACAAGUACGCUGGCUAGUCUCCCCCACACUUAGACCUUGAACUAUGACUGUUGUUGAGAUCAAUAAUAUAUAUUUUUCUUUCUGUAGAGCGAGAAUAAGAAAUGGUCUGAAGUUGCCAAAAGAGAAACUUGAUUUGAUUAUGUAUCAAGAGUAAAUGAAUAGGAAAUAAUUCUCCUACAAUGGUUUCAACCAGGUGUGAUAGACACUGCAUAUGUCGUUUAAUUCCUGUACAGAGGUUCAAUUCAAGAAAGUGUAUGCACAUACACUUCACCGGUGCCUCGCCACGAGAACUCAUGCAAGGGGAGAAAAAGGUAUAUGACGGAGAUUUGUUUUGACCUUUUUCAAAAGUAUGCAUGCGUGAAGAAUUAUCUGUUUCUUUUUCUGCCAUUCUGCAUUAUGGUUUUGGCAAUUCUCCACUUGUUUUGAUUAGUGAUUUACAUAUUUGUUUUGUGCCCACAGCUGUCAAUUACAUUGGUCUUAAUUCAUAUUAAAAUGCUAGUGUCCAGAAUCCAACCCUUGUGGUCAGGCCUACAAAAAGUGUAUAAUAAUUAUCGGUGAUGUGACUGGUGACUUCUUCAGUAUUGUAUGUGUGGUUUUGCAUCAAUUUCCUUCAAAUGUCCACAAGGUGUUAAGCGGCUAAAACUAGUGUGCUGCUUUACCACAGAUGAGCUCUAAUACAGGGUGUUUUGUGCAAUUUCACAAUUAUUUUCUGUGACAUAUUAGGUCUAUUUUUGGGUAGUGAUAAAUGGCCCAUAGUCACAGUGGUGUAUAAAUACUGGAAAGUACUACUUUAGUAGUUUUUUUGUUCUGUACUUUAUUAUAUCUUGACUACUUUUACUUCACUACAUUGCUAAAGAAAAUAAUGUACUUUUUUCUCAAUACAUUUUCCCUGACACCCAAAAGUUACUUUUUGAAUGUGUAAUAGGAAAGAAAAUGGUCUAAUUCACACAUUUUAUCAAGAUAACAUCCCUACUGCCUCUGAUAUGGCGGACUCACUAAGCACAUGCUUCGUUUGUAAAUUAUAUCUUAGUGUUGGACCGUGCCCCUGGGUAUCAAUAAAUAAAAAAAGAACACGA